AAAGAGCACAAAGUUCUCAGAGCUUUUGAGGAAAUUGGUUGUCCCAGUGCCCUUUCAGGCCACUGUUCCCUCCCUGCUUUGUAAAUAACCCCUCCUCUCCCCACACAUCCCCUUCUCCCACCACCCACCCACACUGUGGAAGUAAGGGAACCAGAGCGGUAUCUCUGUCACCACACUAGGGAUUAUCAGGUAAUAAAAGCUUUGCCUCCCUGAGGAAACGUCUCUCCCUUUUUCUGGGGUAGGGCAGUCAUACCAGGGCUGGGGCUCUCCUAGGCCACCCCCGGCCCUACUGUUACUAUUUUGUCUCAACUGGCCAAAGAGAGGCCACAGUCCCCCCAACUCCUUUUUCCCAGUAAGCUCAGCCCCUCCAGCUCUUGGCUGCAUGCCAAGGACCCACCUUCCCCUCCCAACACAUCUUUGGUACUGUGGUCCCAGCCAGCCUGGCACCCUGGGAAGAUGGCCAGGGGCAUGGAGAGAGGAGGUGGCUCAGGGCUAAGGCCAGUCUGACUCUCUGGUGCUUUGGUACAAAACUAUCUUGAUUGUGUCACUCCAACCAGAAUAAGUCUUUACACUCACACUUACUGUGUUAAAUAGCUUCUUAUGAAAUUUUCUUUCAUAUGAAAUUUUCUUUCAUAUCUGUCCUCAUUUCCAGGACUUUUAUGUGGAAGUGCCUCAGAUCCUGGGUGGUGGGAGUCUUAGAUUCCAACUUGAUUUUGAGCCUGAAUAUUAGAUAAAAGUGUCUUCACUUUUGUGUCUCAGAUAAGGUGGAUGUUCAUUUAUUUCUCAGUAACAGCCUACCUAGUCCAGACACCUAGUACCCUCCCAUCCAUGGUCCCAGUGUCCCUUGGUGUGGCUGGAGCUGGAUCACUGUCUUUUCCAGUGGAACACCAAAGAGUGUGGAGAGCAAGCAACUUCAUUUUUAAGGACAUGAAGCAAAAUUUGCCCUUUUCAUUUUCACACAUAUCCCACUGGCUAAAACCUAGUCAUAAGGCCACACCUAGCUACAAGGGGUGCUGGGAAACAUAGUCUUUGGGAGCACAGCUGGGAGGAUGGGUCUGUCCACUUCCUCCUAGCCUCAUGAACAGCUCAUCAUGGGAACAAGAGCAUAAACUGGUUGCCAUGGCUAUCAGUGCAGGACCAAGAGAGCCUUGCAGCCUGCAGGGCAUUUCUUGGGGAACAGGGGCAGGCCCUGAGCCUCCUCAGAUUGUCAAGAGUAAGAGAUGGCACCCUAGCCAGUCCACCCUAGCACACUUGUGCUGCUGUGUUUCUUGGAGGAAGUGGGACUUGAACUGGACCCAAGGGAUGCUGGAAAUUUAGAGAGUGAAAGGAAGAAAGGUCAUGUGGAGCCACAUUACAGAGGAUCUUGGAGCCCAAGCAAACAAGACAUGACAGCUCCAAGAUGGGAGCCAAGUUUUGUACCACAUCUUCAGGAUGUCUGCGGGGACACCACGACAGACCACCUCUGGAAGCUUACAAAGAGGUGAGUGUGUGUCAAUGGAGAUACUUGGUCCUUCUGUAUGAACUAAGGAACUCCAAGGGGCAAUAAACUCAAUUGUUAGUAGUUUUAAAAGAAGCAUGGAUAAAUUAAGCAAAGACAGAAUCUGACAAAUUUCUGAUGAGGGGAGCCAUGUUUGGGAAGGAGACCCUGGCUCCUCACAAGCUACCUUUUGGUGCCUCUGCGUAACCAGUCCAGGCAGAUGGAGGAGGGAGACCUUGGGUCAGCAAUCUGUGCUGGAAACUUGCAGGAGAGCCUUCUGCACAACCUGCAUUCCGUCCUUCAUCUGCUAUUAGCGGCUGAGCCAAUAUUUUAAAUAUCACCUGGUUAAUACAGAAACGUCUUCAAACUGGGCUCCCAUAUUUCAAGAGACCCGACAGGAACUGGUCUAGGCUAAAAGGAAAAUAUAUUGGGGCUCACACAGCAUGAUUGUGUGAAGGGCAGGGAUGACUUUGUUCAGUGCCCACCCUUCAGCCAGUCAGUGAGGAUUUCUUAGAAGGAAAAAAGUGGUGUCCAUUGCCCGCCACACACCAAGAACUCUGGGGUCUGCCACACCCUCAGAGACCUCACUUCAACAAGUCAUCUUUCUCCUAGGUUUUCUGUUUCUUUCAUCACUUCUCCCACCAAAUGAUUAAGUUUUUCAUUAAAAAUGGGGGGGGGGGCACUUCCCCCAGGCUUAAAUUCUUGUCCCUUUAUGAUAGACUUCUUGAAAAAAUCUACACUCUCACUUUUUCCUCUUUCCCACUUCAUUUCCUUUCUUACCUGUUCUUGCCAAGGUGACCUGUGCACUGAGCCCCAGGAAUCCCCUGUCUGCCCACUAGUUCCCCCUUGGUGUUAGUGACUCCCUUCAGACUGAUCCCCACUCUAGCUGCUCCUCCACUGUCUCCCUCCUCAGAGCUCGGGCAUUCCUGCCAUCUCUAUGCUGUGGGUCCUCAGCCCUUCUCCAAGCUUGAGCCCCCUCCUGAGCUCCAUGUCCCCAUAUCCUGCUUCCUGCUGAGUGACCCCACAUGGGAUGACCCACAGGCACCUGUCUCAUGCCCCCUGCAGCCCUCUGGCAUUCUCUGCACACUUCACCCCCACUCCCACCUUGCUCCAGCCCAUGGGCCCACUGGCAGUUCCUAUGUUGACUCCUCUCCAUUUUGUUCCUUACGCUGGAGCACCUACUGCUGCCCUGUUUCCACUACUCUAGCUAACUCCUUUCAGCCUUCACCCUAGACCACCUGGUCGAGGGUUUGUGCCUCUGUGCUCCAACAGCACCUGAGUGCUCAGUUCUGAACCUCUGCUUCCCCCUGACUGCAAGAAGCUCCAAGACUGGAAUGAUGUCCUCUCCCCAGAGCAGAGAAUUAGUUGGAUGGCUUUCUGAGUCCUGCCGAGUUUAUAGUCUGAAGGGGGCAAGGCUGCGGCUGGAGGCGCGGAAGCAGGAGCGGCUGCAGGCCGAGGAGAAGGCCCGUCAGGCCCGAGAGACUCAGGCCUGGGUGCAGCUCAAGGAGCAGGAAGUGCUGCAGCUGCAGGAGGAUGCAAAAAACUUCAUUACCCGAGAGAACCUGGAUGCUCGGAUAGAAGCAGCAUUGGACUCCCCGAAGAGCUACAACUGGGCCAUCACCAGAGAGGGGCUGGUGGUCAGGCCACAGCACAAGGGCUCCUAAGGGCCCAGUAAGGACAGUACCUGCCCAGGGACUAUGUGUGUAUUAGGGGUAUGAGGGUUGGGUCUGACUUGGAAUAAAACAGUGGUGUUUCUUAUGAAGAAGGAAGCUCAGCCUAUUCCAGUUUGCCCCUUAUGUUUUGGCCUCUGCACCUACCACUUGAUCAGAAACUCCCACACUCAGUGCCCUUUUCUGGCCCAUGUACAACUCUCAGCACAGCACCAGACCCUAGAGGUUUCCAUCUUACAGAGGAGUAGCCUGGACUGUAGUCAUGAGGUCAUCUCCUGGGUAUUGUCAAGUGUGGUCAGUGGUUGGCAAAUUAUAGUCCAUGGGCCAGAUCUGGCCUACUACCUGUUUUUGUAAAUAAAGUUUUAUUGGAAUACAGCCACACCUGUUCAUUGACUGCUUGGACGCUACAAUGGCAGAGAUGAUUAGUUGCAACAGGAACCGUAUAUGACUUGCAAAAUCUAAAAUAUUUGUUAUAUGACUUUUACGGAAGAAGUUUGCUGAUCUCUGAUCUAAGCAGGGCUUCUUUGGCUUUUAGAAACAUUACCGGAAAGAAAGGAGCCUAGGAGGCACUGCUUUGGCUCGCUGAGAAAUAAAAGUCACAGUGACAGAAGUGAGCCAAGGCAGGACUGCUAUUGGCUUACUGAAGAGUCAGAAAAAAGGGGUUCUUGGAGAUAGGCUCAGGAUUAGCCUGGGACCAGCUGCCUCUGCCUGUUGCUCCCCCAGUUGCAAGUCUCCUGGGGACUGUCCGGUUUAGGAGAUGCAGAGAGUGCAGAUGGGUGGGGGCAUGCUCCCCAGAGAGAGAAGGCGCCCAUAUUUCACACUUCCUGUUUUCCUUCUAAAUACUAGCUACUGAGGAAGAGAGAUGGUCCGGGAGUGGGAUUUUGUGUCUGGAAAAUUCAUAACUGAGGCAUAAACGUCGACUGUGUCUACCACACCUUUGCCUGUCACUGCCUGCGCCCAGAAGCACGGGUGCUGGCUGACCCACUGCUGCUGUGGGAACAGUAGGGCCCCUGCAGGAACCCAGGAGCCACACUUACCCUCCACUGCUGCUGCCGCUGCCCCUGCCACUGUCAGAGGUCCCCAGAAACAGAAGGAUCUGAGGAUUCGUCCUUCCUCUGGCCUUAACAACAAACCCCUUGCCCAUGCCUGACUCCUAGGCUAUUGCCAUAGUGGAAGCCAAUUGCAGGAAGUCUGGGAAAUAUGGUGUGUAGGCCUCCAGCCUCCUAUGGACCUGAGGGCUUUGGAUGAACAACUGGUAUAAACCAAUUUUUUAGAAGCACUGUUUCUCACAAUUUACAGCAUUUAGAAUGGGAUAGAUAGAAUUGUUUUAUGGGGACUUUUUAAAAUAAGGUGAAAUGAAAUUUGAGACUAAUAUUUUGACAGUUAGGAAUUUAUACUUUCUAAAAUUCUGCAAAAGUAUAACUAUAAACAUAGCAUAUCACUGGCAUGUAGUUUAACUUGAAACAUUCUGAUACUUUUAAAUGUAAUUUUGUCUAAAAACAAAUAUAGUUUAAUCCCAACUUUUAAUAAUAGAUAAAUUGUAUUUGUAAAGUAGGGUUUCAUGUAAAAUAUCUCCAUGUUAACAUUUGGCAAAAGUCACCGUUAAAAUAUAUAUAUAUUUGAAAACAGCA